AUGGAAAAGCAACCUAUAAUGAGCGGUGGGCAGCACCAGAAUUACGGUAUUGCCAACCCGGGUUACAUCCCAGCAGCGGCAGGAGGAGCAGCAAUGUUUGCCCCACCCGUGGCUGAGUCUCAAGGCCCCAGCGCUCCUCCGGCCGGCAUGUUUGACAGCAUGCCGGGGUAUGAAGGGACCUUAGCAGGAGGAGGUGGAUUUCUUCCCCCUCCAAUGCCCUCUUAUCCAGCCCCCCAGCCUUCACCUGGACCUGAGCAACCGCAGUGGAACAUUCCAUCUAUAACUGAGGAUACUGCCAGGGAUGCCUUUAUCUUGUAUGCUUCCAGCAAGUGUUGCUACAGUUCUGCACCAGCUAAAAACGGUGUGAUCACCAACAUGGAGGCAUUUAAUACCUACAGAUAUCGCCUAGAAACAUUUACUGAGUCCAGGUCUACAGAAUGGAGUCACGAGCCAUACCAUGGUCAGCCAGUAGAUGCAUAUGCUCAGCAACCUCCAGGGCCCUGGGAAAUUCCUGCCAGAGCACCCGUCUUUUUUAAAGACGACGAACAGAAAAUGAAGGUUCCUUACACCUCAUCCAUGAAGCCCUGCCAUGGAUGUGUGGGAAUGGGGCGAAAGCCUUGCAAGGACUGUGCAGGCUCUGGUAAUAAAGUUUGCUGGGUGUGUAAUGGAUCAGGUUACCGCCAGGGAGAUGAUCGAUGCAACCACUGCAGUGGAAGAGGGAGGGAAAACUGCAUACACUGUCAUGGACAAGGAUCAAAGCAAUGUGAAAUCUGUCAUGGAAAACAGCAGCUUCUGGUCUACAUUAACCUCACUGUGAAAUGGACAAACAAUUCUGAGGAUUAUGUUGUUGAACAGUCUAGUGGUCUUCAGGUGGCAAACCUCAGUAAAGUAACAGGCAAGGAGCUUUUCAGAGACUCCCAGUACAUGGUGUACCCACUCAUGGGCUUUCCAGACCCUACAGUAGUGCAGGCUGCACAACGACUUGUUGGAGAUCAUCAGGCUAGAUUCUCCCAGACAUCACGCAUUCUACAACAGCGUCAAACCAUAGAACUUAUCCCUGUCACGAAGGUCACCUACACAUGGAAAGGAAAAACAUACAUUUACUUUGUUUACGGAAACGAGUUCAAGGUUCAUGUGAAUGACUAUCCCGCUAAGUGCUGCUGUUCUGUAAUGUAAUCAAUACAUAUUAGUAAUACAUUGUUAAAGGCAACUGAAUAAAUAUGUCUGAAAACAACUAUUUGUAUCAAAAAUUAAAUAAAUAUGUCAUGCAAUGAUUGGAAAGUGGGACUUCUAUUUCCAAGGCCUACUAAAACAAUUUAUAAACAUUGGAGAUGUAAAAAAAUAUGUAAAACUUGUUUUAUCCCUGGGUUGAAGUUUAGCAGGUUCAUAUUAAGCAAUCCAAGCGCUGUCUGUAGAUAUAAUAAUUCAACUUCAAGGAUAAACCAUUGAUAUGUUGCCUUGUUUUAAACAAUGUUUGAAUGACAUUCAUUUUAAACAUGUCAGACGUCUUUUUGA